UAGAACGCUAGCUUGAGCUAGCUGUAGCCAAGAUGGAGCCGCUGCUGAGGCUGCUGUUGGCGUGUGAUGGACAGAACUGCAUGAAUGGAUGUGCUGUGCAGGGGCUGUGUGAUAAUAUAAUAGUUUAGUAAACUUCAUAUAACACGAACGACCUAUUUUAAGGAGUUGGAUUUGCAUCCAACUUGGCAAUAUCGACUUUAAAUAUUUGUUGUUUUGCUUCCACUGACUCGAGACGUAGCUAAUGUGUUUGCUUCAAGCUAAAGUAGCUUCUUUUAGCUGCGAUGCCUUAAGCAUCAUGGCGCUCGCUCCCGAUGGACAGCACACAUCUAAAAAAGGUUAUUUUAUUUUUUAUCGAGAUGAUAUAACAGUUUGUCGCUGUUCUUUAAAUAUUUAAGUAAACGAUUAUGGUGGUUGCCAUUGGAGUUAUCAGCAUGGCAGACCGAAGGAAUAUUUGGUUCGUGUUGUCGUCCUUGUUUUAUUGAAUUGUGCUUAUUUAUUAUAAAACAUGCAAUGUGAAAGGUGAAUUCGUUAUCUUUUAGGCCUACACCUAAAUUUAAAACUGUAAAGUGGAUUUGAAACUUCAAGAGAAGAUCAAGAUUUUUGCAGACACGUUUUUAAAGAUCUAUGUUGACAUUGCAAAUAAGGAAAUGAAAAAAUGGUGAGACAUUUGUUCCUCACAUGAAUUCCUUUCUGUAUUUGAACAGUUUGCAAAUUUUUAAAUAUACAUCGAACCCCUUUUUUGCUUCAGCUAUUUUAAAUAUAGAAUGUUCAUCUUUACAUUUUAUUUUAGAUCCACGAUUACACAAAUCCUGUUUUUUGUAGACUUGAAGCUAAUUGGAUGCAAAUAUUUCAAAUAAAGUCAAAGUUGGUUAAUUAAUGCAGCCCUCUGGAAUAUGAUUUAACAAGUAAUUGGAUCUAGACAGUAAGUGUGAAAUUUGUGUUGUGAAUUUGUGGUUGUAUGUGUGAUGAGUUUGACAAUGAAUUCUUCCCAUUCAUUUGUUGCAUACAAACUGAACAAUUGUGGCCCCUUUAUUUUAUUCAUUAAGGUUCAGUGUAUCUUUGCCAGCCUACAUCAAUCUGCAAGGGAGUUGCAGAAAAGCCUCAUGUUCAUCGAGCCGUGAGUCACACAUAAUUUUUAAAGCUGUUAUGAUGAAUAUCCAAACAAUUUGUUUGCCUUCCGGAAGUAACUGUAGCCUGUUUGUGAAAACCUUCAGUGGCACUAGAGAAUUUGGAGUAGUUAUAUACAGACUGAGCUAAGACGUCUGGUCGCGCUGAAUCUAAACCAGCAGUUCUCAGUUUUUCCAGCUGACGUCUGUUUUCAGAAGGCAAUUUUAGCAAUCAGUGGAAACAAAAAAAAUUGAAAACAUCGUUUACACUCUGACUUGUGUAUGACUCCCAACUUCUUACUACAGGUAUGGGCAAGAACACUGUUCCCAUUUAUACUUUUCUACAGCGGGUUUAAAAUUCUGCAGCUGAGGUCUUGAAGAUGCAGAAGGGUACAGUAUGUGGUGCAGAUCGCAGUGUGUAUAACAACAUUUUUUCCCUUGUUAUUUUUUUUUAAUUUGAUUUCUUUUCUCCUUUUGUUUGCUUGAUCCAUGUUGUAUUUUUCUGAGCUUGGUCGACCGGAAUGUUUACUUUUGUUGUUGCAGUUUUAAAAGCAGCCUAUUUAUAUAUAUAUAUAUAUAUAUAUUUACAGUAUAUGUGUUUACACUCCAUUAUAUGUGAAAAGGUAGCUCUGGUUAGGUUAUUUAAUGGAAAUUUAAAUGACUGACAAUAGUAAAUAAAUGUACUCUGUAGUCUGAUUAAAUUUAAUAAAGAAAAGAUAGCAAAUCAUCAAGAAUGAGAUGAACAUCUGCAAUGAUGCAAAGUCAUGUCAUGUUUCCUGAUAACAUCAAAGAAACAUAGUACAAACAUGCAUAUAAUACACAAGUUAAAAAGUCCUGAGUAUGAAAUUAUAGUAUUUAUUUAAAACAGUCAACUAUUCUGAGUUAAUAAAGUUCCUGACCACCUGUUUUAUGUUCAGACACUAUUAUUUAGUGGUACUGGAUGCCUCGCUUGUGCUGACAAGUACCGUAUGUGAUGUCUGUCUUACUGGUGGCCAUUGGAUUGUUUCAGGGGAUGAGACACGACAGAGGGUGAAGUUCACUGAUGACAGAGUCUGCAAAAGUCAUCUGCUCAACUGCUGUCCACAUGACAUUCUGUCUGGAACCCGUAUGGACCUCGGAGAGUGCACCAAAAUCCAUGACCUGGCCCUGAGGGCAGACUACGAAAUUGCCUCCAAGGAGAGAGACUUGUUCUUUGAGCUUGAUGCGGUGGAUCACCUGGAGUCAUUCAUUGCCGACUGUGACCGAAGAACAGAACUGGCAAAGAAGCGACUUGCUGAGACUCAAGAGGAGAUCAGUGCUGAGGUGGCAGCAAAGGCAGAGAAAGUCCAUGAGCUGAAUGAAGAAAUAGGGAAGCUGCUGGCCAAGGCUGAGCAGCUUGGAGCUGAAGGAAAUGUGGAUGAGGCCCAAAAGGUUCUGCAAGAAGUGGAGAAGGUUCGCACAAAGAAGAAGGAUGCAGAGGAAGAGUACAGAAACUCGAUGCCAGCCUCCAGCUUUCAGCAGCAGAAGCUGAGGGUGUGUGAGGUUUGCUCUGCUUACCUGGGGCUCCAUGACAACGACCGACGUUUGGCAGAUCAUUUUGGUGGGAAGCUCCACCUGGGCUUUAUCCAGAUCAGAGAGAAACUGGACCAACUUAAGAAAACUGUUGUGGAUAAACAGGAGAAAAGGAACCAGGAGCGAUUAAAGAGAAGAGAAGAAAGGGAGAAAGAAGAACGAAUGAAGAAGAGGACCAGGUCACGAAGCAGAGAGCAUAAAAGGUCUCGUUCCCGUGACCGAAGGAGGCGACGCUCGCGCUCCUCAUCACGAGACCGGCGUCGUUCACGCUCACGCUCCAGGGAUAGAAGGAGGAGACACCGCAGUCGUUCUCGUAGCCGAGGCCACCGUCACAGCCAUGAGCAGAGCUCCAGGCAUAAGUCUUCCAGGGACAGGGAGCACUCAUCCAGGGACAAGUCACGUGAGCGAGACAGGAGGGACGGCAUAAAUGGCAGAUCAGACUCCAGACGAGUGGACGACAGGGACAUGGACCUUUGAAGACAGAGCUCUGUUCAACUCUGAUGGUUCAUCAUUUCUGUUCUCACGUCCGCCCCUGGUUCCUUUGCUUUCACACAGACCUCAACAUAUUGUAUGGAUUUGCUGCUUCGGCCUCCAGAUGCGUGUGACUGCAUUUGGAUGCUCGGGUCAGUUGUUUAUUUGUAGUUGAAUUUUGAAAACCCACCUUUGUAAUUUUUUUUUUUUUUUUUUGGCCGUCUAGCCAACGCAUCCUGUGUCUCUUUAUAAAAAUCCCUUAAACUAUUCCAAUAGAUUGAGCGAACAAAUCUAAAAAUCUGCUGGAUUAGAGUACAAAAAAAGAACCUGUUCAAAUUCUUUGAUCAGCAGACAGUGUCUUGAUACAGAAUGUGUCUGUAAAUAUGUUUUGAACUCAUUGAUAUUAUGAACGUCUUCAAAAUCGUGUUAUUUUUCCUUGCUUUGAGUGUGGUUUCAUUAAUGUUUGUCCCAUGUUUAGUCUCCAUUUGGCUGACACUCAGUCAAUGCUUAGUCAGUAAAUACACAAGUAAGUUUUUAAUUUGGUGCCAUUAGAAUCACACCGUCUCUUCUUGUCCCCCCCUCCCGAUUAUCAGUGAUGGAGUUCUGUGCGGCCGGUGUAAGUCGAUGAUUGUUUUUAGUUUGUAAUUUGACAUUUGUUAGACUUUGAUUCAAAUGAAUAUUGGUAAAUUGUACCUGUUGGCAUGUUGACCAGUCGUUUGAGGACAACUGAAAAUGUACCUUUGGUGGGGGGGGUAUUUACACCUUGAGUCCAAACUUCUGCAAAAAAAAUGGGCCCAAUCAAAAACUGUUUUUUGAAUUUCUGCUAGAACUCUUUCUUUUAAAAUUAAAUAAAAAAAAAAGAACCA